AGAAUGCGAUGGUGAUAAGAUGCACUGCUAUUAUAGUCCUGAUAACGUUGUUAUCCUCAACAUUAGGCUCUUACUGGGGUGAUAUACCUAAAACAAGAGAAGUUAUACAGUUAUCAGCCGACACUAGGGACGCGUCAAGUUUAGAAGUAAGUUACACUCCCAAUCUCUCGGCAGACUAAUUUUAGACGCCAGAAUCAACAGGGAAGCAGUGAUAGCCGGCGCUAAGAGGCACACUGUAACUCACAACACACGAAUACAACAUGAGUUGAAGACUGACUGUCACUACCGGGGUACCGUAAGGGAUAAGCCCCAAUAUCUUGUUAUGCUCAGUACUUGUUCUGGAAGAAUCAGAGGUAGUUUAACUGAUGUGAAUAACACAUGGUAUGUGGUGUAUGAUAAGGAAACCUAUGUAAUGUUCUCUGAUAAUGACCUCCCCAACCCUUACGAAAUAGCUACCGGCGAGUAUAACGGUAUAGAGUUAAACCACAGCAUUUCCCGACCCGUCCCUUAUCACCCAUUAUACAAAAGAGGUCUGUCCACUGACCCAAUAAUAGCAACACACAAGACAGUAGAAGUGGUAGUGGUGACUGACAGAUCCUUUUGGCAGCAGUUCGACACUAAGAUCGAGGAGGUGGAAGAGUUCGUUCUUGCUACUGUCGCUAAAAUAGACGAGAUCUACAAGAAGUACGGUGUACGAAUAGCCCUGGUCGGGAUGGAGAACUGGAGAGUAGCAGAUAUGAUAACAGUCACCCCCAGUUACUCCGCUGUUCUGAGAAACUUUACAAUGUACAGACAGGAGAAGCUUCUUAACGUGUAUAAACAACAUGAUGUCAGUAUACUCAUGACGGCAGUAGAUUUUGACGGAGCAGUGAUAGGAUACGCUGGAGUUGACACUAUGUGUCGGAGCAGCUGUGCAAGCGUCAACUUCAACUCCAGGAAGUCAGUAGGCUUCUACGCUUCUGUCAUAGCUCACGAGAUGGGUCAUAACUUUGGAAUGUACCAUGACAGUGAUGAAUGUGUGUGCCCACCAGAAAUCAGCUGGGACUGUUUGAUGUCCGAUUCAAUGGGUAAAGCAGCCUCCGUCUUUAGUAACUGUAGUCAGCUAGUCCUGGAUUCCUUUACUGGAACGUGUCUCAACAACCAGCCCAAAACUCUUUACGGGGACCCGGUGUGCGGGAACGGAUUUGUGGAAGAGGGUGAGGAGUGUGACUGUGGGACUGAGGAGGAAUGUAUUGCCAGUGACCCUUGCUGCGAGCCGAUCGGCUGUAAACUGAAACCCGGAGCAAAGUGUUACUCUGGUGACUGCUGUGAAGAAUGCCAGUUUGUAAGCUACAAAAGGAUGUGCCGCCCCGCCUCUUCAGAGUGCGAUCUCGUGGAGUUCUGCACCGGAACAAACUCUCAGUGUCCAACAAACCGGUACACCCAAGACGGUACGCUGUGUGGGGAAGGCAGCGGGUCUUGUAACUAUGGCAGCUGUCAGACUCUGGGUACUCAGUGUACUAGUUUGUGGGGUGAAGGUGUGGCAGUUAGUGAUAAUGUGUGCUAUGAACGGUUCAACAGGAAGGGUGAAUGGUACGGCAAUUGUGGCUCUCUGGGCGACAGAAAAUUCCUUGCUUGUAUGGAUCGUGACGUUUUGUGCGGUAAGCUGUACUGCGAGGUUCCAGAGGGACGGACCACCAAUCUCCGGCAUGUUUACCGCAAUGAUCUGACGUACAACUCGACUUACGAGUGCACACUGGCCGCUGGACCGCGCUCCAUCGAGAGUCAGGACGUUGCCAUGGUGUACGACGGCACUAAGUGCGGCGACUCUAAGUGGUGUAUUGCGGGACAAUGCGUGGAGUUUGAGAAAGUGGCUUGUCCCUCCCCGGGUGGCGUGGAGUGUGGCGGACAAGGGAACUGUAACGAUCUCAACCAGUGUCACUGCAAUGCUGGAUAUGAUCCUGAGUUUAAUUGCUCUGUGCUCCUCCAGGUAGCCGGAUGGGAUUUGAAGUCGAUUCUGAUAGCGGUUAUGAUAAUCGUUCUAGUUGUUAUACCCAGUGGCAUCAUAACUUUAUUACUGUGUAGAAGAUACAACCCUAAAGUUAAAGAAUUCUUCGAUCAUCACACUCAAAUACGGUUCUCGAUACACCUACCCUCAAUUAGUCGAAGACCUUCCUAUUUGAGGAGGAGUUCUAAAAGAAGCAACCCUGACAGCAGUAAAACAGCUAAUGGCAAAACAGCCAAGCCGGGAACCACAAACCCACCCCCUCGGCCGGUGAAGCUGCCCAGUACCAGCAGCACUGGCAACGAACCCCCACCUCGACCUCCUGGCAGCUACCUCACCAGCACAGGCUGGACAACAUCUGCUUUCAACGCCGGAGCGAGGCCUUCCUCCACCAGCGGAGGGUCACGACACCCCUCUACAGCUAGUGGGGGACCACCCCCUCGCUCCUCCACUAUCAGUGGGGCACCGCCCUCUCGUCCUGCCGCUACCUACCAGCAAAACUCUGCCCCUGUGUCAGUUAUAUAUCGACCGGAGCCUCUUGUCUGUCAGGAAGGUGACCAGCCGGCUAGCUACGUGCCGUUAAACAUGCACCCUGUUCGGCCAGCUCCACCUCGUCCUGGUGGGGUCUCCACAGCUCCCAGACCUUCUUCACAGUCCUACGACUCUCCUAUCUCUCAAAGUGGUCCUAAAGCGUUACAAGCGACAACGCGGGACAACGUUAAAAUGGACAUAUCCGGUCCGGGAUCAGCUAGGAAGCUCUUGGAUGAUAAACCUCUUAAUGAAAGAGUGUAG